AUGUCCGGUAAGAAGGGAGAUUCUAACGGCUGUCGCUGUCAUGCAGUGCUCCAAGACUUCUUUGCAAACAAAAUCUCUUCCCCCGAGGCUGCCACAAAACUCGCGGCUGCUGCAUUACCAGCCAAUUCCUCAGCCAGCACUGUAGCGGAGAGACUCAGCUAUCUCUGGCAACUGAUUGUGAAAACCGCGUGUGAGAACCGGGAAUACCAGGUCAAGCUCGUCGAUGUCCUCAUGGACCUUUCCCGCCUCCCGGAUAUCACAAAACCAAACGAUAAGAAGGGACAGUCAGAACCUUUAUUGGUAGAAGGCGGCCGAGUUUGGAAAGACCUACCACUGCUGGGGCCUACGGUUCGAGAUUGGUGGAAUCUCGACAUUUACCCCGACACUGCUCCCCAGGAGAGACAAAAGACGACAGAGAUGGUGGUAAAUCUCAGUCGCUUUACCGCGCUUCUUAUCACCGCCGAAGAACCUUCUCAACAGGGUACGCAUGGUUCUCGUGGGUGGCCUUCCGUAAAGGAGUAA